GUCGUGAAGUGUCAAGCCGUGAUGUGCGCUAAUGGCAUAAUCUGCCAGCUGGACGGACCCUACGAGGGCCACAGGCAUGAUGCAGGUAUGCUGCGCAUCAGUGGUUUACACGAGAAAAUGGAAACACUCGUGCAGGACCACUCCUUCGUUAUUUAUGGUGACCCCGCGUAUCCAAUGAUGCCCCUUCUCCUCAAGCCUCACAGGGGAACUGUGCUCACACCACCAGAGGUUAAUUUCAACAAGGCUAUGAGCACCGUACGUCAGGCUGUUGAGUGGGGAUUCGGGAAAGUGUUAACUGAGUUUGCCUUUUUAGACUUUAAAAAAAACCAGAAGCUUCUUCUACAACGAGUUCCACUGAUGUACAAAGUUGCGACAAUCCUGGCAAACUGCCAUACAUGUUUAUACGGCAGUCAAGUCACAAAGUAUUUUCAUGUUGACCCGCCCACAUUGCAGGAAUACUUGAAACCACCUGUUCUGCUGCAGUCUUAA